UCAAUUGUCAUCUUUUUUUUACGAUUUCAUAGCUUCGGCCUAUGGCACUCAUAAAUUUAAUGUUUCUUCAUUUAUGUGUUUUUUUCCAAUAACUAUAUGACUUGACUAAAAUCAGCAGUUAUUUUGUAGUAUUUACAUUACAUUCAAAGGUACCCCAGCUAUCAGGGUUUUGGUGAAGCAGGUCCAAUGGAGCUGCAGGCAUUACUUGUAUUUGGUGGAGUGGGUGUAGUAGUCAUAGCCAUCGUUCUCCUCAUGGGACUCUUCUCUGCUUCUGGAACUAGCUAUGAAGAAGCAAUAGCCCAACAAAGAAAAGCUACAAGUGAAUUGUUAGCUCUUGCCAAUAAUAAGACUAAGAGUAAGAAGACUAGUAAAAAAGCUAACAAAAAGAUAGCAAAAAAAGAAAAGAACAAGGAAUAUGCAACUGCUGUGACAGGCAGUGAUCAUGACAGUGAGGCGCCUGCUGAAAGUGGAUUAGAAGAUGAACCCACCGCAAAACCUCAUGUUGACUUUAAGCCACCACCAGUUGUUGUUGAAUUCCCCAACGAUACCCCUCCUAACAUUAAGAUUCGUAAACGUGGCAAGGAUUCUAAAGUAAAGCCAAUACUUGUAAAUAAAGAGGAUCCCAGUUGCGUUAGCGAUCUGAGCUCAGCUGAUUCUUCAGCUCCGGUCACCAAUCAUUUUGAAGAAAUGCAACCUAAGGAUGAGUUCGAGCUAUUACACUCUUCGCAAGUGGGGGAUAAAACUGCCGAUAUCAAACAAGAAACUGUGGAAAAGAAGGAGAAGCCUAAACAAACAAAGGGCAUCGUCAAGGCACCGGUGAAGUCUGGGUCUGGGUCAUCCGGUGAAGUCGUGAAGGAGGUGUCUCAUGAACUCAGUAAUAGCAGUGAAGUACCAAAGGAACAACGAAAAGCAAAAAAGCCAGAGAAGAAAGCGGUAGAAGAAGUACCGAGCGAGGAAGAAGCGGUGCCGCCACUGAACACCCCGCAGCCCAGCGAGCUGACUACAGACAAACUGUUGAAGCAAGCGAUGGUCUCCGCUCCUGCACAUUCCCCGCCAGCCUCAAAGAGCAAGAAGAAGAAAGCCGAGCCUAAUGUGCUCUCACUUAUCGCGAGUGACAGCGGCGGAGUGUCAGUGAGCGAAUUAGUUCGCGUCGUGAAAGAAGCCUCUCUUUCGCGCACUGAGAUCCAGAUACUGACAGAUGCGCUGCUCAACAAGCAACACGACCCCUUGCCCGAACACUCCGAAUGGACCGAGGGUCCUAACGAUCCCAUGCAAAAGAUGAAGAAGCAACUGGCCGAUAAAGAGAAAGCCCUCGCCGAUGAGGUCGACGCGUCUCAAGCGCUUCAUGCCAAGUUGAAGGAACUCAGGAGCCUCCUGAAUGCUGAGCGCGGUCGGGCCUCGAGUGCCAGUCGGGCGGCGGAGCAGACGGCGGCCGCUUCUCGGGUGGAGAUGCACACGCUGCAGACCAGGAUCCAGCGGCUCUUGGACGAAAACCAUGCGCUUGCGCAGGAGAAACUGGUCCUUCAAGCACAAUUGGGUGAGGAGAAUGAGGCGCAGGCGCAACGCGUCCAAAUGGAGAUGCACAUUCAGAGAUUAUCUGAAUCGGAGGCGGCUCUGCUGCAGCAGCUGACGGUGCUGCAGGCGGAAGUCAGCGGUCGCGCGGUGGAGGCGGGCCAGGCCCGCUGCGAGGUGGCCGCCGCCAGGGACUCCGUGCUCAUGGCUCAGCAGCACGCCGCCGACCUGGCGCAUCAGCUGCAGGAAGCGAACCGCCUAUACUCGGAACUGGAGAAUCAAAGGCAGUGCGCCGUUCACGCGGAGCAACUCGCCAGAGAUGAGCUGCGACAGACUCAGCAGAGACUCACCGGGUUAACGGAACUACAGAGCGAAAUACAGAAGACGAGCGCUCGGGCGCAGACGGCCGAGAGCGCUCUGGACGAGUCGAGAGCGGCCUUCGAGAACCAAAAGCAACAGCUGACUCGAGAGCUGAAUUCCCUCCGCGAGCAACUCGCUGCACGUGAAUCGGAAUUGGCCGAAGUGAAGCUGAUGAAAGCGGCGCCCGCGCACAACGGUCUGUCUCCCGCCGAAGACACCGAGAAACUGAAGCAGGCGAACGAGCUGUCCAAAGUGGAAAGCGCGGUGGAAGCUCUGAAGGCCGAGUUGUCUUCGGCGCGUGCCGACAACGAGAAGCAGCAGACGCAGCUCACCGAGUUGAGGCAGCAGCUCGAGCAGUACCGGGAGAAGAACAAUGAGUUGCGAACUAAAAACUGGAAGGUUAUGGAAGCCUUACAGAACGCGGAGAGAUCUCUUCAGGCUAAAGCGCAGGCCCGAGGGACCUCUGAAGCGUCGAAAGUGCAAGAGUACGGGGAAGUGAUGGAGGUCCUGCGGUCGGCGUGUCCCAGUGCGGCGCCUUCCCCAUCGACGGGCUCCGACUGGAUCAGGGCGUUCGCGGACAACGUCAAGAAUCACCUCCGCGACGCGGAGUCGAAAAGGGUUUUAGCCGACGACUCCCUCGCCGAAAAGGAAAACGAGAAGAAAAAAGUCGAGAGUGAACUCUUAAAGAAACUUCAAGAAAAGGAGAACGAAAAGAGGAAACUGGAGAGCGAGCUCCAGAAGAAGCUGCUCGAUAAAGAAAACGAAAAGAAGAGGCUGGAGAGCGAGCUGGAGGCGAGAGCGAAUCGAUCGCCCGUCGACGAUUCCAGGGUUGCGGAUCUCGUCGAGCAGAACCGACAAUUGCAAGCAUCCGUGGAUAAAUACCAGAGGGUGAUCCACGUCACGGAGGGCGUCCUGAGCCAGCUGCAGAGGAACGUGUCCGCGGAAGAGGCGCGAUGGGCCUCGCGACUCGCCGAGCAGCAGAGGGAGCUGGACGAGCUCCGGCAGAGGACCGUGCUCCAGGAACCCGUGGCCUUUGCGUAUUCCUGCAUAGAGAAGUCGCUGUCCACCAUCAUCGCGGAGAUGCAGAAUAAAAUAGACGAGUUGGAGGCGGCGGUCGCGAAAAAGAACACCAGUUUCGCUGACGCCGAGAGGCUCGCGGAGGAAAAGUUGUCGUCCAAUCUCUCGAAGGCCGACGUCCACAACGGUCCACCGCAGGUAGGUUUCCUCUCGAGGUCGCAAUGAGGGCUAAGGGCAACCGUAACGCGUGUCGCUCACAGGUCGCGUUUUGUUCGUUGACAGGCGACCCUGGCUGAGAAAUAACGAAUAAGUUGAAGCGGUUCGAGCUGUUCGGGAAGAUCCGGCGAAUGCAGAUGACGGCGGGUGGGAACGGAGCGGGUUCGACAUUCGCGCGUAACGUUUUGUAUCGUAUUUAAUGUGUACAUAAAAUCCGUUUAUCUCUAAGGAAAACUAAUUCGCAAUGAAAUUCUCGAGGGCUCUAAAAGGUAAACGAAAGUUAAUAAGAGGCGACGCGUCCGAGCAUAGGUUUACUAUUUUAAGUAGAUAAAGUUUUUUUAGUGCAAAUCGAUAGAAAAGACGAUUUUUCCGAUACGGGAGCGGACGAACUAUUGUUACGAUCGAAUUUAUGUUUUUACUUUUACACCACGUUUGAUGGAUGAGGAACUGUGAUUUUUAUGAAAUUUAUAUUGUGUUUAGACAGACUCGAUUGGAUGUAAAGAUUCCUAGCGAUCGUGAUAACGGGACGGUAAAUCGUUACCGUUGAAACGGACCUUGCCUUUGACGCGUGAACAUCGGCUCGGCGUAGACUUGAAUUAUCAUCCGUAAAAUGGAACAUUUACUAAUUUGUUUUGUGCUCGUUUCCUGCAAUGAUAAUUAUUUAAUAACAAAUUUACACAAAAGAAAUUGCAAUUUAUUACAUCGUUUGGACGGUUUUAGGUAGUGUUAUUUUAUUUAUAAAGAUUUAUUUAUUAGCUUUUGUACUAGAACAUAAUCAUUUUUCCAGUGCCUUAGAAUAAGAUUUGACUUUGAUAUGCCGACUGUUUAUUUUCCACAAAUGAGAUAUUCGAUCGAUAAUGCACGUUGACCGUAAGUUUUAGGGUGAGUUUUUGUUUCAUUUAUUGUACUGAUAAAAUUAUUAUUUUCGGAAAAUAUCUAGAAUAAUUUGAUUAUUUAAUUCCAUUAUUUCAUUGACCUUUGUACUGCUCGUUAUAUUCUGUGUGUCAAAUGUCCAAAAAAUUAAUAUACUUAAUAGACAUAUUGUGUUAUUGAUAAGAACCGUUAUUAUAAAACUCGUAAUUUUAGAUGAAAAUAUAAUCAAAUCAAAUAUU